AUGCAGACUCAGAAGGACAAUAGAGUGACCACUUCAUGCACAGAGUGCCAGCGGCGGAAGCAAAAGUGCUCUCGAGAAUGGCCGUGUAACCAUUGUCAGGCGAGAAAAGUAGCUCAUAUGUGCCAAUUCACCGUAAAGAAGUUGCAGCAAGAACCCCCGAUAGUCUCUGCACAUGAGAGUUCCAGUGAGAGUAGGGGUCUUAAAAGAAGCUAUCCAAGUCUAUCCGAAGGAGUGGCUUCCAUAGCAGAGAACGGCGAGGCAGGACAGGUUGAAGAUGGCCUCAAAGUCUGGGGUUACAUGCCAGGACAUGUACACUGGAAAAUUGGUGCCGUUGACGAUGUUACUCAGCGAAAGCAAACGGCACUAGAUUCUAAAAGAGUAGAUGUUGUCGAGCACGUGCUGCACGCUAUUCCGCCAAGAUCGAUUACUGACGCUUUUGUGAAUCAUUUUCUAGGUGUAGUCAACUAUCGAUACAGCACGAUAUACGCCCCUACUUUUACUGAUCAAUACGUACAAUGGUGGGCUGAUCGGGGCGCCGGUAAGCGCCUGUCUCCAGAGUUUACUUGUCUGCUGCUGAGAGUAUGCGCGUACUCUGUCCAGUACCUCACUCCCUCGUUGCGGAAAAUGAUUGAGUUCGAGCUGGCUUGCAAUCUGCAGCAGCUCACUGACCGUUUUUCGAAUGCGGCAGAACAUUUGAGCCGAAGUUUCGAAGCGUCGAACACAUGCAUCGAACGCGUCCAAGAGCAGUUCCUAAAAGGCGCCUGGCUCAAAUCAGAGUCCAAAAUUGUUGAAUCAUGGCAUGCGCUGGGCUGUACGAUUCGUGAAGCGCAAGAGCUCGGUAUUGACAGAGACGCCAAUAUCGAGGGUUUGAGCGAAUUCGACAUCGAGAUCAGAAGAAGGAUCUGGGCGUUGCUGUAUAUCUGGGAUUGGCAAAUGGGUGCUUGGCUGGGGAGGCCUAACCUGAUUGACCAGAAGAACCUCAACUUCAAACUCCCUAACCUACGACUAGAUCAGUCUAGCUCGGAGCCAAACCUGCUGUCGCCAUUCGCGCACAUGGCUCUUCAAGCCAGCCUUGGCCGGCGACUGAACACUAUCAUGGGCGAUGCACAGUCCGUAGACGCCUUGUCUGCUAAUGAGAUACUCACCAUAGAAGCGGAGCUCGACAAGUUCAUUGACGAGCUACCACCAAUAUUCCGACUCACAGAUCCAGACACUUCCCUUGAUGCCGAAUAUCCGUACUUCGUGUUCCAGCGUCACCAACUGCACACUGUGGUGUACAUGACCAAGCUCGACUUUCUGAAGCCGUUCCUUACACGGGCUCGAGAUGACAAGAAGACUGACCGAGACGAUGAGUUCAGGCGAAUGGGAAUUGAUCUGGCUCUUGAUCUUCUCAAGGUCGCUCGACGUAUGUUUGACCAUGAGUUUCCUAUCAACGCCAAAUUUCAUGUGGUCGUGUUUUCGAUCUUCGACACCUCAACUAUCUUGUGUUCCGCUAUCAUUCACGAUUACGAACACUGCCUACCUCGACGAGACGAAGUAACCAAUGCCAUCGACGGCUCGCUCGACAUGCUUCAGCAGCUUAGCCUAACAACAAAGAUUGGCGCAACAUCUUACGCUUUCCUCUACAAACUGGUGCAGUCUCACCUCGAGCUUUCACGGGGCGCCGGCAACAGCAAGCGUGCGCGAAAGCAGUCCUCGGCUUCAAUCCACACAUUCGAGCCUCCACCUCUUGUGCACAAUACCUCUUCAAGAGAGUCUAUUGCCACAGUUGAUUACCCACCCCAGCAAUCGACAUUGUUACCAGCCCUCUCAACAACGUCCAUUGCUAUGGAGCCGGCCCAUGAGAUUCCACUCACGAGCGAUCCAUCUUUUGACCUGGAUCAGUUUCUGGCGCAGAACUCGUUCGGAAGUGCGGCGGCCGUGGAUAUGGGUGGCAUGGAGCAGAUAUGGGAUUGGCAGGAUCUAAACCUAGAUCAGUUUCCCUACUGA